AUGUUAUCAACGAAGAGGAAAGCGCUAGACAAUGGUCUACAAAGGCGUGUGAGAGCAAGAAGGGAGCCCUCUGAAGAAAUCGAGGAAUCGUCUUCAGAUUCUGCUCCAUCAGAAAUUGGCAAAGAUGACGAUGAGGAAGAGGGAGGUUCCAGCGAUUCGAAAGUUGAUGAGGAAGAUGAGGAAGCAUCUGAUUCCGGAGAAGAGAUGUCUAACGAUGCAGCCUCAAUUUCCUUUGGCGCAUUGGCAAAAGCACAGGCUACCAUGACCAAACCCAGUCAAAAAGAUUCAAAAAAGUCAAAGAAGAGUAGCGGAGAUGGAUGGGAAGACAAUGAAGCUACAGAACGUAAAGCCGGAAAGAAGGACCAACGAGAUUUUACCCGCAGCAGCAAAAAUGCACCCGCCGAGAUUUCAAGCAAGAAAGCGGUUUCGCGCCGCAGAGAAGCAGUACUCGUCAAGAAAAGAGACACUCGAGAUCCACGAUUCGAACCCACAAACGGUCCGGUUGAUCAAGAAAAGAUAGAGAGAGCAUAUAGUUUCUUGGAUGAUUAUCGAGAGGAUGAAAUGAAGGAAUUGAGGGAGGCGAUUAAGAAGACUAAGGAUGACCACAUUAAGGAGACGUUAAAGAGAAAAUUGUUGAGUAUGGAGAGUAGGAAAAAGACGGAUGCGAGAAAGAGGAAGGCGAGGGAUAUAUUAGAUAAGCACAGGAAGGAGGAGAAGGAGUUAGUGAAGGAGGGAAAGACACCAUAUUAUCUGAAGGAGGCCGAACAGAAGAAGAGGGUGCUGUUGGAUACGUAUGGAGAGUUGAAGGGGAGACAGCUGGAUCAUGUUAUCGAGAGGAGAAGAAAGAAGGUAGAGGGGAAGGAAAAGAAGAAUAUGCCGAGGGCGAGGAGAGUGGUCGAGUAG